UUUAGCUUGAAAAUAACAAUUUUUAAUAUAGUUUAUGUUAAUAUAAUUAUUUAUUUAUUAUAAUCAUUCAUGCAGUGAUCGUGCAAUACUAUUUUCUUUCCUCUUAUCAUAAUACCAAAAAUUCUUUUGACUCUAUAUGAAAAUCUUAUUUAAGUUCGAAGAUUAAAAUAGGCAAAUAUUAAAAUAAUAACACGGCACAUAUCUAUUAUCGAAAGCUAUUUAUAAUAAAUUUAUUAAUAUCUACAGAUAUAUGCAAAUGCAUAGAAUUGAUCAGCUAAUUAAUUACUCCGGAAUGCUUGAGGUACAAAAUCUCGAAAGAAAGAUCUACUAUGUAUGUGUGUGUUAUAUUAAAAUGUGUGCAUCGUUAAAAUAUAUACAAUAAUAUAAUAGAUUUUUCUAGAUAGAUAGAUAAAACGAAAAAUCUUCCAAAUUGGACAAUUUUCCAAAUUCCAUCGUGGAAUAUAUCACUUUCUUACGUACGAUCAAAAAAUGAAAAUUUAAAUUCUGCUAAUCUUCAAGUUCACUCACGGCGUGUUGCUUUUGCUCGCGCAAUUAAGGUGAAAAAUUGAAUAGAGAGAAUUUCGUUUCGCAGAUACGCGUGCGUAUAUAAACGUAUACAUAUACGCGCGUGCAUAGUUUUGAAUGUAUUUCGCCGCUUCCUUAUAUUUAUAGCUAGAGAUAAAUAUACAUUUUGGCGUAGGUCCAAAAUAUACCCGCACACAGUUAGUUCGGCUACGGAUAAACCCCGUAAUAGCGGAGCUGUGUCAGUGCUAUUAGUGAUGUACGCGGCAUUGGAAUCUUACGUAGACGCGUAAAAAAAAGAAGAGAUGCGUAAGAUCCGCGUGUAGAAACGAAUUUUCUCUUUCUCAGGAGGAACGAGAUUGCGAGAGACUAUUUUAAACGAUGCGAGUGUUGCCCGAUUACGCAAAUACGAUGAGAUUAUCGUGUUCAUUCAGAAUGAAACAAACCCUGACAACGAACCCCCAUUUCUGACCGACCGAUUGGCAUAGCUUAGGAUAAAUUUCAUUCACGUCGGAUCCGCUAUAUUCGUGCAUUAAUAUCGGUAUCGAUCCAAUGGUAUAAAAAUGUACAACUGAAAAAAAACAACAUUUGUACACAGAAUGCACUCUAUGUAUUCGUCUAAGAAAGGCGAUCCUCUUUGCCCUUUGGGUUUUCAUCCGCAAGUACGGUGGCCAACGCGUUGCAAACGGUGUUUCAGAGACUAUAAAGAGCAUGGCGGAAGAAGAAACAGUCUCGGAGAUAUCACGUCUUCUUCGCCUAGUCUUUCUUUGGAUUCAUCGCGCGGUCCCGAGAGCAAAAGGACGUGGUCUUCCGCUACGAAUUUGGCGAAAGAUGAAACAAAGAACAAUUAUUCGCAAUCAGCAGCGACAACUGGAUGGACAUCCUUAAUGGAUCUUUCUGCCAUAGAUAAGGAUGCCCAAAAUGCUUCCAAAUUAGAAAAUGUUAGAAAACCAGCAAAGCUUCAAAUAAAGAAUGUUAUAAGCAACACCAAUGGAGGCACUUCGAAUGAUGUAGAAUUUAUAAUUCAGGUAAGGAAAUCACGGCCAGCACCGCCAAAACAGGUGGUUGAGGAUGGCUUGGAUAAUGACAUGGUAAAAGGAGAGGAGUCCGAGAAGAAUGAGAUAGAGAAAUUAAAGUCCCAAUUAAAUGAUAUGAGAGCGAGAUGCGAGAAGGCGGAAAAAGAAAAGAGCGAGAUAUUGAUGCGUCGAUUGUCGACUAUGGAGACGAUGUCGAACAAAACAUCGACGAGCGAAGUGGCGAAACUACAAAAGAAAAAUGAAGCACUUGUACAAGAGAAAAAUGCAUUAUUGACAAAGAUAAAAAAUUUGGAGAAAGAAACAAUUAGUAGACCGUACAGGGGUGAAAGGGACAAAACGCAUGACGAAUUACAUUCGAAACUUAAGGCGGCGGAAAAUCUUUGUGAAAGUUUAAUGGACGAAAACGAGGAUAUGAAAAAAGAAAUUAGACAAUUAGAAGAAGAGAUUUAUGAGUUGCAGGAUAAUUUUAGGGAUGAACAAGCAGACGAGUAUACCCGUUUGCGAAAAAGUUUGGAGCAGUCAAACAAAAAUUGCCGAAUAUUAUCGUUCAAACUGAGGAAAGUAGAACGCAAAACUGAAGAAUUAGAAAAUGAACGAUCCACACUAGAGAAAAAAUAUGAUGAGAUGAAGAAAACAGAAGAAAUUCUGCAAAAAGUAAGUAACGCAUUCCAGGAGAGAACGCAAAAGAAAGCAACAGACUCCACAACAAAAAUGCAACUCAAAAAGAUGGUUGAUGAAAUGGAGAAGGAAAUGGAAGACAUGCUGAAUCUCUUCUCCAACAUUAAAAACGGACACAAUGUGGAUAUACCGGAUGUGAAGCCGAAAGAUAAUAAUUUAAAGUACGAUAAACUUCUAAAGGAAUAUGAACUGCUUAAAGAAAAACUCGAGUCUGCUAUGAAAGAAUUGGCCAGUGAAAAGGAAAAGAAAAAAGUUCAAUCAAAUGUUAAAGUAGAAGAUACUAAAAAUUUGGAUUUACAAAAUGUGAAAAAAAAGUUAGACGAAACAACUACUUUACGAGAAGUUGAAAGAAAAGCAUGGGACAAAGAGAAACUGGCGCUUUUGGAAGAGAAAGAAAAGUUGAAAUCGAAACUCUUGUCGCUAUCAGCUGAGAAAUUAAAAAUUUAUAAUGAGGUUGUACAACUAAAAAAAGACUUCGAAACUGCUAAGUCAUCGGAGAAAAAUAGUACAAAGAUGGAAGAAAUAAUAAAUGAUUUAAAAGAAAAACUAUCACAAGAGCAAGAAAAGUGUAAACGAUUACAGAAUGAUUUGUCAUCGUAUAACGAAAAAGAAUCGAAAAUGUCGCAAUCUAUAACAUCUAUGGAACAGACAAAAACUAAACUCGAUGCUGAGGUGAAACGUUUGAAGAAAGAAUUAGAGAAUUCAAAAUCUACCACAUCAACAAAAAUCACAGAUCUAAGUGCAGAAAUUGCGAAGCUUAAACAAGAAAGUGAAAAAUUAACAUCACAACUUGACAAUGAGAAAGAAGCGAAAGAAACCGAAAUAACGGCACUCAAGAAAAAAAUAGCUUCCUUAGAAAAAGCCGGGCAAAAUACGAAGCGCAUGAAUGAGAUGAAACAGACUUACAAUGAGAAAAUUUUAAAUCUCGAGAAUGACAUUAAAAAACAACAACAAGAUCAAGAGACUCUAACUAACAAAUAUCAAGAGCUUAUGAACUCAAAGCUACAACUUGAAAGAGAAAAUGAAUCUUUGAAUAGCAAAUGUUCGGAGUAUAAAAAUGAUUUAAAAAGUAUUCAAACAGAACUUGAUGAGUUACGUAACUCGAUGAAAACGAGAGAAAACGAGUGGCGAUUAGAGAAAUCUGCUCUAGAGAGCCAAAUCCGUGAGAAUCAGUUACCGAAUAAAAUUAUUGUGGUAGAAUUAAAUGAUGAAAUUAAUACAUUAAAGAAAGAAAAUGCCACUUUAUUGGAACGAUUGGAAGAUGUAAGGAAAAUGAAUGACGACUUAUCUGCAAAAUUGAAAGAUUAUGAAGCAGUAUCAAAAAUUCAUCAAGUAUUGACACCCGAUACUACAGCAUUAGAAUCCGAAAUUCGAAAAUUAAAGAAUGCUUUGACAAAUAUGGAGAAAGCCAAGAAGGCGGACUUGGCGCAAUGUAAAAUGCGCUACGAGCAUAGGAUUACGGCGAUCAACGAUGAGAUACAGGCAAUCCAAAAUCAAUUAUCACGAUACAAACGCGAACGUGAUACUUACAAACACAUGUUGGAAGGUGCGCAGAAAACUAUAGGCGACCUAAAGUCCACGAGACAAGGCAGACUAUCCAAUGCAUCCUCUGGAAAGUCGGACGAGGAUGAAGAAUCAUCUAGAGCUAAUGUGUUAGUGCUAGAAAAACAAAUCAGUUGCAUGGAAGAUGAACUUUCUGAAACAAGAUUGGAAGCUUCCAGGUUAAAGGCUGAAUUGGUUUCGGAAAAAUCUGCUAGUCACGUUAAAGUCUCCGAAUUGCAAUCCCGAAUUAAUGAGUUGGAGGAGGAGCGAUUGCUUACAAGCGGACGUUCGAAAAUUCCAGGAUUGAAAGUGCGAAUGGAGUUAGCUUGGCAGAAAGAGAGAGAAGAACAUCAAAGAUUGCUACAGGAAACGGCAACGCUAGCGCGAGAUUUGCGGCAAACAUUGUUUGAAAUAGAGAGAGAACGUAGUAAAGAGCGACUUGAAAAUAAAAGGAGACAAGAUCAAUUAAAGAAAGUAUUCGACGAAGAAAAGGAAGAGAAUAAGAAAAAAUUAUUAGAGCUGCAAUGCGAUCUACUUGAGCUGAGGGACGCGCAUGCGAAAUUAAGAACGAGUAAUGAGAAGAUGAGACGCGAGAAAGAGCGGCACGAAAAGGAGAGACAGGAACUCAAAGAAGUGAUAUUAAACAAAUGUAAAUUGGAGCAAACUGAGCUGCGCAACAUCAAUACUCUUAUGCAACGAGUUCAGGAUUUACUACAAUUGUUUCCUGAAUUAAAUACUAAUAUAACAGAAAAUGGAACGCCCGAUACAUAUACACCAACUCCGCCGAGACGAUUAAAGGCAUAAA